AUGGCGGAAACUGGAGAUCGAAGACAGAACUGUGGAAUUGAAACUGAACAGCGAAGGAGGAGCCGCUUGAAGAAGAACGGGGAAUGGGUCGACUCUCAUGGGCCAGUCCGAUUCAGAGAUUCCGUUUCUUCUCUUACUUAUCUCAGGUUAUUGCGCUUAUCUUGAUGCAGAGAAUGCCAUGGAUCCUUCUCUAGCAGAAUCAAUAGGUGUGAACACAGAAGAGCUUCUGAUAUCACGACCUGAUUCUGCUGAAAAUUACGGACAAAGACUACACACCCUGACCAUUUUUUGUGCAAAACACACCCUUACAUA